AUGAGUGCAAAGUACUACCAGGUCCCUGGUCCUCUGGGUGAUUACUACCAAGCCACCGGCUUUUCUCACGCCGUCGUCCUACCAGCCAACUGCCAGCUGGUCAUCGCCGCGGGGCAACCGGGUCUCAAUGCUUCGGCGCGCAUGUCUUCUUCCCCCGCCGAACAGAUCGAGUCGUGCUUUGAAAACUGCGACAACGCACUAAAGGCCGCGGGCGUCAAGGAGGGACUUUUCAAGGCGCACAAAGUUCACACUUGGUUGACGGACGUCUCCCACGAGCCGCUGAUGAUGGAGAUUUGGCGAAGAAGAUGGCCCGAUCACAGACCUACGUGGAUGUGUUUGGGGACAAACGCUCUGUGUGGAAAGGGAAUGAUAAUUGAGAUUCAAGUCGAGGCUCACAUUGCUCCUGAAAAGACACAUCUGUAG